CAUCAAACUGAUUUUGAAUUGUCAAACAAUAACUUGUCACUGAAUUUGGAUUUUAUACAACAAUUUUAUUACUACUGCAAUCAUGGUGCUUAACCAAGAAUCCACACCUACCAGCCAGUUCCAGGAGACCCAGUCAACAUCUAGCUGUAGAUUCAACAAUCCGUUCCAGGGAUAUUCAUCAUUUCCAACACCAUACAUGCCUCAGCUAACAGAUUUAAGCCAACCUAUUGACUUCUCUCAGUCCAGUCAUGACAGAUAUCAGCCAAGGCCUGUUGAAGACUGGCUUAGUAGCGUAUACUACCAGAAUACAACAGCUACCUUACCUCACAGUAUGUACCACUACCGCUACAACCCAUACCAGAUGUAUGACUACAGCAGCUACGCACAGAACUUCCAUCAUCAGUAUACCACACCUCAUCAACCUCAGCCACUGACUCAUACCUCACCUGCAGCCUCCAUCAGUCCUAUCAGCUCUGCUGGAAGUUCCUCACCACAAGAUCAGCAUCAUCCCACUGUAAACUUUGAAUGGAUGAAACCAACCAGCAGCUUUGGUUCAAGAGCACCUGGUAAGACACGUACCAAGGACAAGUACCGUGUUGUGUAUACUGACUUCCAACGGUUAGAGCUGGAAAAAGAGUUCUGCUACAACAAGUUCAUCUCUAUCCGCCGUAAAUCCGAAAUCGCUACCAUGCUUAACCUAUCAGACCGUCAAGUCAAGAUUUGGUUCCAGAACCGCCGUGCCAAAGAACGCCGACAGAAAAAAGAGUUCGACACUAUCACAACUACACCACUUGUUACCGAUACAACAGAAGAUUGUCAGAACACUUUUCUUGAGCAGUCAUCGAUACCUUCUUCCUCGCCAGUAGAGAAGUUCAGUCAAAGUGCCGCCACAGCUUCCGAUUCUAGCUUUCUUCUGACGUCAUCAUUUCCGUGGAAAGACACCAACAGUAGUGACAGUGACAGUUCUCCAUCUUUUAUUUUGUAAUUUUGUUGACAAUUGUAAAACACAUCUUAAGUGCUGAAGCAGGACUUGGUCCUAAUUAUUUUGUUAGUAUUAAUUGAUAUUAUUGACAUUGAUAUUUGCAUAAAGUAUAUUUUUGAUAUGAAACAUUUAAAUAUUUAUUUUACAGGGUAUGUAAAAAUGUA